AUGGCCAGAGCUACACCUAUCAUCAAUUUGUUACGGGAAUGGAAGCGUAUGACAAUAAAACUGCCACAGCUUGCACAACGACUAGAUGUGCAAGAGUGUAAUUUGGUGAUCAGAGAGCGACCUGCUAAUCAACCACAAUACAGUCUCCCAACUGCUUCACAAGUAGCAGCCAUAAUAGUUGGUGAUGACAUUGAAACAAUGAUCCGCCCCAAUGACCACUCAACAGUUUUGCAAGCGGGGCGACUUCUUCAACAAUAUGUUGUUGACAACUAUGUGAAAAUGGAAACAGGCAAGUUAAGAUGGGUUCGACAAAGACAAAAGGAACUUCAAGCUGAACUGUAUCAAGGCUUACAAGAUUAUUUGCACACAGGAGAGAAUAAUGCAGAAAAUGUUGGCAGAAGAAUGAUAUUACCAUCGUCGUUCGUGAGCAGUCGUCGAGACAUGACUCAACGGUACGAGGAUGGAAUGGCUAUUGUUCUUAAAGAAGGAAAGCCGGAUAUCUUUCUAACUAUGACAUGCAAUCCAUCAUGGUCGGAAAUAGCUUUGGAACUCAGUCCUACUCAAACUCCACAGGAUCGUCUGGAUCUAACAACUAGGAUUUUCAGAGCCAAGUUCGAACAAUUAAAGCAUGAUGUUAUUACCAAAGGUGUAUUGGAAAAGGUGAAAAGUUAUAUUUAUGUCACCGAGUUUCAGAAAAGAGGAUUGCCACACGUACAUAUGUUGCUAAUCUUAGAAAAUAAUGGCAAGUUGAGUGAUCCUGACCAAUAUGAUAGUUUGGUCCGAGCAGAAAUACCAUGUAAAGAAACAGAACCACACUUACAUGAGGCAGUGCUAAGGCAUAUGAUCCAUGGUCCUUGCAGAACACUAAAUCAAUCUUCACUAUGCAUGAAGAACGAGAUAUGUAGCAGUAUCAAGAGCAUAAAAUAUCUAUACAAGUAUUGCUAUAAGGGACCAGACCGUGCGGCAAUGGAGGUUCACAGAAGUUCUAAUUAUGAUGAGGUGCAACAGUUUAUUAAUGCAGGAUGGAUUGCCACUCCAGAGGCAUGCUGGAGGAUAUUUCGAUUCAACCUUUACCGAAUGUACCCAUCAGUUGAAAGGUUGCAAGUUCAUUUGCCAAAUCAACAUCAAGUGAGCUUUUAUGAGCACCAAACUAUUUCUAAAAUAGUUAAUAAUGACUAUUUGUCAAGAACAAUGCUCACUGAAUUAUUUGCACUUAAUCAGGCUGAUGACCAACAAUCUAGGCAUCUUUUGUACAGGAAAAUCCCAGAAUGUUACAGUUGGCACAUCAAGGAAAAAGAAUGGCGUCGACGCAGGUCACAAAAGAGAUCUAUCGGUCGGAUCUAUACCGUUUCGCCAACAGAAGGUGAAAAAUUCUACUUGCGUAUUCUGUUGUCAAAUGUAAGAGGCCCAACUGGUUGGGAUGAUUUGCUAACAGUCGAUGGUGUCCAAUAUUCAUCCUUCAAGCAAUCCGCUCAACAUCGAGGACUGUUGGAGAGUGAUAGUAGUAUAAGAUCAUGUUUGGUUGAGGCAUCCAUUUUAAGAAUGCCAUGUGCUUUAAGAAAGUUGUUUGCCACCAUUUUAAUAUUUUGUGAGCCAACAGAUGUAAGAAGUCUAUGGGACGAGUUUCUUUCAUGUAUGGUGGAUGAUUACGCAUCAACAAGCACUACAACCUGCAAUGGGUUGACAAAUCAUUUGCUUAGGGAUUUAAAUGACAUCCUCCUACAGCAUGGAAAACAUAUUGCACAAUACGAUUUAUCAGCUCUAACCUCGGACAACGACAAUGACAACUUCAUGCCUAGAAUUAUUCAAGAAGAAAUGUCCAUCGAAGUUCCUCAAGAAGACCUGUGUUCUAUAGAAAGAUUGAAUCAUGACCAGUCUACAGCUUUCAGGUGUAUUAUGAAUACAGUUGAUCAAAGAGAAAGUGGAGUGUUCUUCAUUGAUGGACCAGGAGGAGUAGGUAAGACAUUUCUUUACAGAGCUAUAAUUGCAGACUUAAGACGUAAAGGGCAUAUUCUCUUGGUAACUGCGUCCUCAGGAAUAGCUGCAACUUUACUGCCUGGUGGUCGAACAUCUCAUUCUAGAUUUAAGAUCCCAAUCAAUGCAGAGCCAUCCUCCACGUGCAAUAUAAGUAAACAAUCUGAUCUCGCAAAACUGAUUAGGCAUACGACAGCGAUAAUUUGGGAUGAAGCGCCAAUGGCUAAUAAAGAGACAAUAGAAUCAUUGGACCGCACAUUGCGAGACAUCUUAGAAAACAAUAAUCCAUUUGGAGGGAAGGUGAUGGUUAUGGGAGGGGAUUUUCGCCAAGUACUACCUGUUGUGCCGAAAGGAAGUAAGUCGCAAAUGAUUUCAGCUUCUAUUGUUAAAUCACAUUUGUGGGCAUUCACCAAAAUUCUCCACUUGCGACAAAAUAUGCGAUCUCUUAAUGAUCGUGAUUUUGCGGAGUAUCUUAUGCGCAUAGGGGAUGGGAUUGAGCCUACCAUAUGUGAAGACUUGGUACAAAUAGAAGCACACAUGGCAAUACCAUGGGAAGGUGAGGCAUCAUUACACAAAUUAAUAGAAGAAACCUUUCCAAAUUUGCAAUCUCAUGGGUGGGAUGCAUCUUAUAUAGUGGAGAGAGCGAUAUUGACACCUAAGAAUCAUGAUGUGCAACAGUUUAAUGAUAUAGUCAUCAACCAAUUUCCUGGAGACGAAUGA